UAUUUUAUUUUUUUAUCUCAAUAAACACCACAAUCCAUCUGUCCAUCCAUCUUUGUCUGUAGCUGCUUAUCCUUGCAGGAUUGCUUCUUGGGGCUGGUGCUCCAGAUGUCACUUGGUAAGACGAAGGGUUCAGCCUGGACAGGUCUUCAGUCCAUCACAGGGCACCGUCCAGUAUUUUUGGACUGCAGUGUCCAGUGCAGUCCAAAAAACUUUUACUCCAUUUUUGGACUGCAUGUCCAAACUGCACUCCAAAAUUUGUGGUCUUUCUUGUGAAGAAAGACCAUAAGCCGAGAUUCUAUUCGAACGUAGCAUAAUACACUGUCUUAAGAUGAGAUAAACUCUUUCAGCAAAAACGGCCACUGUAUAUUAUGGUUAGUAAACAUUUACAUGCCUGUGUAGAAUGUAGUAGGCGUAUAACUAAUACAAAGUGCACUAAGAAAUGAGAGUAAUCAGUUUAUCACACACAGCUGCUCUUGGCUCCACCCUACUGAAUUUAAGCAGCAUUCCAGACACUGGAAGGAAGGAAUGUUCUAGUAUGUGAGAAGCAGAGGCUGCAGGUGAAAACAGGGUAAAAGUUUGCCAAAGUUUCAUAUUCCAAACUUCACACAACCUCCGUGAAAAUGUAAUGAGUAGAAAACUUCAUCUUAAAUCCCCUUUUAGGUGUGAAAACCGUACUUUCACGAUCACUCCUGCCUCCCCACACGUUUUUAAUACGUGGCAGAAGCGUGGCGUUAGUUAGGAGACUGCACUCAACAAAAACCUUUUGCGGUCGUGUCACUGUGGAUUUAAGCUAAAAAAACUACAACUUCCCCAUCGUUUUACACAGGACACCCCCUGUUCUAUCCCCCCCCCGAAAAAAUUAUCACAAAACUGUACGCAUGUGAGCCUGCACGUAGCACUCAGGCCGAGACUCCCACAGAUCCAGCCCCGGCGUCCAGAUAGCCAACAGUUCACAGGAACAUCACAGAGAGGAGGAUCUUAUUCCCCCCCCGUUAAUUCAGCGAGUCCUUCCCGAGGAAGUGAGACUUACUUCAGAGGACACAGCGGCUGAGGACACGGCUCUUCUGCUAGCUCCGGGAUGCUCUGGACGAGAAUGGAGCUGCCAUGUUGGUGUUUGUUGCUGCUGAGCUGCCUGCAGUCACUCUCAGCCCACAAUGAUUUCUUCACCUCCAUAGGCCAGAUGACAGAUCUGUUGUACACUGAAAAGGACCUCGUCACGUCUCUGAAGGAUUACAUCAGAGCGGAGGAGAGCAAACUGGAGCGGGUUAAGCGGUGGGCCGACAAGUUGGAUUCCUUGACAGCAACAGCCACACAAGACCCAGAAGGGUUUUUGGGUCAUCCCGUCAAUGCCUUCAAACUGAUGAAGAGGCUGAACACAGAGUGGGGGGACCUGGAGAGUCUUGUACUUAGUGACACCACUGAUGGAUUUAUCUCCAACCUGACCAUCCAGAGGCAGUACUUCCCCACAGAGGAGGACCAGACUGGAGCGGCUAAAGCUCUUCUCCGGUUACAAGACACCUACAAGCUCGACGCCAACACCAUCUCCACUGGAAACCUUCCUGGCGUGAAGCACAAGAGCCAGAUGACAGUGGAGGACUGUUACGAGCUGGGUAAAAUAGCCUACUCGGACGCCGAUUAUUACCACACGGAGCUGUGGAUGGCACAGGCCCUGAAACAGCUCGACGAGGGAGAGGAGUCCACCAUAGACAAGGUGACGGUUCUGGACUACCUGAGUUAUGCCAUCUACCAGCAGGGGGAAAUAGAGCGAGCGCUGGAGUACACCUUGAGGCUGCUCAAACUGGACCCGGAGCACCAGCGUGCCAAGGGCAACGUGAAGUACUUCGAGUUCCAGCUGGAGAAACAGAGAAAAGCCGCAGAGGAAACGGCUCGGACACAAGAGGAGCGUGGCAAGAGAGACACGAGCGAAAAGAAGAAGAAAAAGAAGCAAAAGAACUCCUUCCCUCUGAUCCCAGAGAGGAAGAAGUAUGAGAUGCUUUGUCGAGGGGAGGGUCUCAAGAUGACCCCGCGCAGACAGAGCCGGCUGUUCUGUCGAUACCACGACAACAAUCGCCACCCCAGGUUUGUGCUGGCGCCGGUCAAACAGCAAGACGAGUGGGACCGCCCCUACAUCGUUCGCUACCUUGACAUCAUCUCCGACGCAGAAAUUGAGAAAGUCAAGCAACUGGCAAAACCACGACUAAGGCGAGCCACGGUGCAUGACCCUCAAACGGGGAAACUUACCACAGCCCUAUACAGAGUCUCCAAGAGUGCUUGGCUCACUGGCUACGAGGAUCCUGUGAUUGAAAGGAUCAAUGAGAGAAUUGAAGACAUUACAGGUCUGGAAAUGGACACAGCAGAAGAACUCCAGGUUGCAAAUUACGGUGUUGGAGGGCAGUAUGAACCUCACUUUGACUUCGGAAGGAAAGAUGAGCCAGAUGCAUUUAAAGAACUGGGAACUGGAAAUCGUAUUGCAACGUGGCUUUUUUAUAUGAGCGAUGUGACUGCAGGGGGCGCCACAGUAUUCCCAGAUGUAGGUGCAGCUGUUUGGCCUAAAAAGGGUACCGCUGUGUUCUGGUACAAUCUUUUUGCCAGCGGGGAAGGAGACUAUAGCACCCGGCAUGCAGCCUGUCCGGUGUUAGUGGGCAACAAGUGGGUAUCGAACAAGUGGAUCCACGAACGAGGUCAGGAGUGGCGGCGACCCUGCGGCCUGAAUGAAACUGAAUAAUGUUUUUUUUUUUUUUUUUUUUAAAUGAAAAAAACAACCCUUCUUAUCAAAUCCCUUACCCCUCGCCUCAUUCUUGUAAACCACCGAGGACCAGAGAACACUGCAAACACGUCACAAAUGAUCCAUGGAGUCCAAAUGGAUCCCUUCCUCCCUCCCUGUCUGUCUGUCGGCAAACAGUCGGUUCUGCUUCUCACCUGUUUUCUGUCUGUGAGCCCGGAGAUUGUUUUGAUAACAUCGAGCCCCCUGGACAGCGUCCGCGUCGCCGUGACGGAUAACAUGUUCUUAGGGUCGUCGGAUUGGUUUUGAGAAACACUCUAGCUCUGUUCACUCCCAUGAGUCUUUCUUUGCACUCUGAGUGAACUCCAGCUCUCUGUGGUGAGGUUAUCCUUCAGUUUGUGACUGCAGGGGCCAGUUUCCCUCUCUUUAAAUUGAAUGGUAAUUUUUUUUUUUUUUUCCUUUUUUGCAUUUUUUAUGUGGUCUGUUUGAAUUAUUUUGUUUGACUGAUGUGACCCUAGGCCCUUAGAGUUUUUAGAAACUAAUGUUUUAAACAGUUCAGUAAAAAAAAAAA